UCCUAUGAAUGCAGGAGCAGGGAGGGAGGCGGGGGAGGGCUCCUGGAUGCGCCUCCUGCUGCGUCGCUCAGUCUGCGUGCACGUCCUCGACAAAUAAAGAAAGGAGGAAAAGAAGGAGCCGGAGACAGAGAGUGAAGGCAUGGCCAGUCAUCACAGCCACAAAGGAGACGGAGCGAUGAGGAGACCUUGACAGAAGGAGGCUGCAGACUUCCAGAGAGGAAGAGGAGCGGAGGAGGAAGAGCUCGGCUGCUCCCACAUCUCAACCAUGACUCUGGAGGACGGUGUGUGAAACAUUUUGUGGUGUGAAGAGUCCUCAGCAUCAGGACAGCAGCAGAUUGAGGACGGGCCCCACUGAAGUCACAACCAGAUGGAGGCGAAUGUGGCUGAGAAACGCCAUCGCACUCGGUCCAAAGGAGUCAGAGCUGCUGUGGAAGCCGUAACACAGGAGUUUUUCAGCUGUCCCACCCCUGGAUGUGACGGCAGCGGCCAUGUCAGCGGGAAGUACGCCAGACACCGCAGCGUCUACGGCUGUCCGCUGGCCAAGAAGAGGAAGACUCUGGACAAACAAACACCAGAACCGGCUGCUAAGAGGAGGCCCUUCAUCACCGCCUGCCUGGGAGAGGAGGAGGAGGAGGAGGAGGAGGUAACGGGAGCCUUCAGCAGUUAUCAGACUGAAAGUGUGGAGGUGGGACAGGAGAGGAAGGAGCAGGGGGAGGAAGACGAGGAUGAGGAAGGUGAGGUGGAGGAAGAGUUCUCCGAGGACAACGAGGAGCACGGAGAGGAGGAGGAAGAAGAGGAGGAAGGGAUGGCAGCGGAGAGAUCGGAUCCGAGAGGAGGAGACGAGCAGGCCGACGAGGAGGACGAGGAGGAGGACGAUGGUGACGAUGAGGAAGAGCCAGAGGAUGAAGCAGAGGAGGAAGAGGAGGAGGAGCGAAAUGUGCUUCAGGAGAACCAGUACAAACCCAGCGGACAAUCAAAGCUCCACGCCGUCCAGAAGGACAACAACAACAACAGCUGCUCCGUGGGAAACGCCCCCAGAGAAGAAUACGAGAACUACGACGAGCUGGUCGCCAAGUCGCUGCUCAACCUGGGAAAGAUCGCCGAGGACGCCGCCUACCACGCCAUGACCGAGUCCGAGAUGAACAGCAACUCCUCCAACAGCGCCGGCGAGGAAGACGACGACGACGAAGAUGACGGCAGCGAGCAGGACGACAGGCAGGGCGACCUGAGCGUAGACCUGGACAGCGACGUGGUCCGGGAGACCGUGGACUCCCUGAAGCUCCUGGCCCAGGGCCACGGCACCGUGCUGCCGGAGGACGGGUUCCCAGAGAGCGGCGUGGGGAACGAUGGGCGGGGCCAGGGGGUCAGGGGUCACACAGAGGGAGGCGGGGAGGAGGUGUGUCUCAGCAGCCUGGAGUGUCUGAGGAACCAGUGCUUCGAUCUGGCCCGGAAACUCAGCGAGACGCCACCGUCGGAGCGACCGGCCCUGCACAGUAGUUACGUCCAACAAGCAGUGGACCAGCAGGUGCUGCAACACCUGAACAGGUACGACACGUUCCCACCUGGAGUCCAGGAGGACGGCAGGCCCCUGGAGCGCAGCUACUCUGAGAUGCUGAACCUGAUGAAGCUGGAUGAGCCGCUGAGUCCAGCGUCCAGAGGCUACAGCUACAGCCAGGAGGGCGACGAGGACACCACCUCUGUGGCCUCCGACCGCUCCGACGACACGUUCGACAUGGCCAAGGGGAACCUGUCGCUGCUGGAGAAGGCCAUCGCCCUGGAGUCUGAGCGGGCGAAGGUGAUGAGGGACCGCAUGAUGUCAGAAAACACGAUGCCGCGUCGGGAGCAGCACCAUCACCGCGUCCACGGCGAGCACAGCCCCCGCCUCAGCAUGGCUGCUGAGGAACGCAAGUCCAGGAUGCACCCGGACGGCCUGAAGAGGGCGUACUACCCUAAAGAUUCUUCCAGAGGAGAGAAGAAGGAGAGCAAGUGUCCGACGCCGGGCUGUGACGGAACCGGUCAUGUGACGGGUCUGUACCCCCACCACCGCAGCCUGUCCGGCUGUCCUCACAAGGACCGGGUCCCGCCUGAAAUUCUUGCCAUGUAUGAAAAUGUGUUAAAGUGUCCGACUCCUGGCUGCUCUGGACGGGGGCAUGUCAAUAGCAACAGGAACUCCCACCGCAGUCUGUCCGGUUGUCCCAUCGCAGCUGCAGAGAAGAUGGCGAAGGUCCACGAAAAGACUCACUCAGUCGAUGGAGGCAGUAAAACCAACCAGACGUCAGACCGAGUCCUGAGGCCCAUGUGCUUCGUCAAGCAGCUGGAGAUUCCUCAGUACGGCUACAAGAACAACGUUCCUACCAGCACGCCGCGCUCCAACCUCACCAAGGAGCUGGAGAAAUACUCCAAGACGAGCUACGACUACGCCGCCUACGACGGGCAGCACGCCGCCUACGGGAAGAGAGGCCCCGCCUCCCGGUCCCACCACGGCCGGGACACGUCGCCGAAGGCCUACGACGCGAAGCGCUUCUGUAAGACGUCCAGCCCGGCCAGCAGCACCACCAGCUACGCUCCCAGCAGCAGCAGCAGUCUGAGCUGCGGAGGAGGAGGAGGAGGAAGAGGAGGAGGAGGAGGAGGAGGAAGCAGCGCCAGCAGCACCUGCAGCAAGAGCAGCUUCGACUACACCCACGACAUGGAGGCCGCCCACAUGGCUGCCACCGCCAUCCUCAACCUGUCCACCAGGUGCAGGGAGCUCCCCAACGCUCUGGGAGGGAAGCCCCACGACCUGCUGACUCAGAGUCCAGUGGGUGAGCUGGAUGAUAACGGGCCCGUAGAUCUGGCCGAUCAGCCCGGGGGUCCGGAGAGCAGCGGCACGGUGUUGACCCCCCUGCAGCCGAUGUCCCCGCAGCGGCAGGCUCUGCUCAGCAGCCGCUGCUUCCAGCUGGGCGACGCCGACUGCUGGGACCUGCCGGUGGACUACACCAAGAUGAAACGCCUGGGAGAAGAUCAGGAGCUCAAAGAGCCCAGAGACGAUCUGGAUCCAUUUCAGGAGCUGCUGGACGAGCAGCGUUUCCCGGCGGAGGUGACGGUGCCCAGUCCCAAGCACCAGAAAUACCCGCCCUGCAAGGAGGGCAAGAAGGAGCUGAUCACUCUGUCGAGCUGCCAACUGGCCGAUAAGAACAUUCGUGGUCUGAUGGCGUCCAACUCACAGGAGCUGAGGUGUCCAACGCCGGGCUGCGACGGAUCGGGACACAUUACGGGGAACUACGCCUCUCAUAGGAGUCUGUCUGGAUGUCCUCGAGCCAAGAAGAGCGGCGUGAAAAUCCUCCACAGCAAAGAGGAGAAGGACGAGCAGGAGCCCAUCAAGUGUCCGGUGCCAGGUUGCGACGGACAGGGUCAUGUGACCGGAAAGUACGCCUCCCAUCGCAGCGCGUCAGGCUGCCCCCUGGCGGCCAAGAGGCAGAAAGACAGCUACAUGAACGGAUCGCAGUUUGUGUGGAAGUCUGGGAAGACGGACGGGAUGACGUGUCCGACUCCCGGCUGCGACGGCUCCGGACACGUCAGCGGCAGCUUCCUGACGCACCGCAGUCUCUCCGGUUGUCCCCGCACCUCCUCGGCCAUGAAGAAGGCCCGGAUGAGCAGCGUGGACAUGCUGACAAUCAAACAGAGAGCGAGCAAAGGGAUCGAAAACGAUGAAGAAAUUAAACAGCUGGACGAAGAAAUCAAAGAUCUGAAUGAGUCCAACAAUCAAGUGGAGUCAGAUAUGAUCAAACUGAGGACACAGAUCACCACCAUGGAGACCAACCUGAAGUCCAUGGAGGAGGAGAACAAAGUGAUCGAACAGCAGAACGACUCGCUGCUGCAUGAACUCGCCAACCUCAGCCAGUCGCUCAUCAACAGCCUGGCCAACAUCCAGCUGCCACACAUGAGACCGCUGCCACAGAAAGAGACCCCAGUAAAGCUUAACUGCAGUUUACAGAUGCUUCCCAGAGAACCGAUGAACGAGCAGAACUUUGACACAUAUGUCAGCACUCUGACAGACAUGUACACCCACCAGGACCAGUACCAGAGCCCGGAGAACAAAGCGCUGCUGGAGAACAUCCGACAGGCCGUGCAGGGCAUCCAGGUCUGACUGGGAGCAGGAAACGGUCCGGAGGAACCGGGCCGGAUGUUCCGCUGCUGUUUUUCUCCUCUCCGCUCCAUCGGUGUCUGGUUGCGUUCUCUUGGUUGGUGUUGCUUUGCUUUGGACCUGAAACAUCAUCUUUAUAUGACCUGAUAUAAUGUGACGUCCUGUUUCUAGCCGCUCAUCCUGUAAAUGAAUAUUUGUUUCCUGUAAGCUUGGCUCUGCUGUAAUGUUGGACCGGGAGCAGGAACCAUCGUCUGAACACCGGACUCUGACUUUCCUGUAAAUCAUUCACUUCUGAACUUCCUGGUGCAGAUCCCAUCAUCCCAUUGGGCGAGUUUCCUUUUGGACUUUUAUUUUGAAAUGCAAGCGGCUGCAGGAAACGUAGGAGACAAUCUGCCAUCUAGUCAGCAGUGUCCGUGUGGUGACCCCCGUGUGAGAGGGACUGUGUGGGAAUAUGCAAUUUCUUAAAGAGCUGACAGAUGUUUUUACUGAUGAUAAAUGUGACGCGUUUUGUAUAAAUCUUUUCCUACAUCCGUGUUUUAGGAAUCAGACGCCUCUGUUACCAUCUUUAGAUGUUUUAUUCUGAGUUUCUCUGGAUUUACAGGGUCAAAAAAAAAAAAAUAUCCACACAAACCGAAGUCCUCCAGAACCUGCGUGAUGAAGGAGGCUGUGGGUCGACACCGCCGACGAGACAUUUCCUCAUCACACCUCAUCAUGCAUGCACUUUAUGGGAGCAUGUUCCAGUAUCGUCACGGUCCAGGUCCGUUUAUCCCUUAAAGGAAAACUCCGCCUCUCCCCAGCAGCUAGGAAACAACCUCAGCUCCAUUCUCUGAACAAAACCAACAAUAAAGACGCAAAUUAGUCGAGGAAUGGCCAUGAAAUCCUCUUCAGGAGGAUCCAGCCUGUUUCAGCCUGAUUUCUCCAUGUUUGGCUCCUUAGACGGGUUUCCAGGAUUAAAACGAUCCGUAAGGAAAAGUUCUGAUCCCGGCCAGAACCAACCUGAUUCCUGUGUUUGGACCGUCGUUACUGCCGCUCCUGAGAGGAGCUUCUGUCCACAACCUGACGAGUUUAAAACGUUCUGACAUUUAAUCCCCAUUAAAUUUAGAUCAAAUCAGACCCAGAGGUUGUAAAAGCUGGAAAGGUCCUGUUUGCGGGUCAUUUGGGCUUUGGGGGAACAUCCGGCUGACAGGAUGAGUUUUCCUUGAAGGAAACGGACCUGCAGCUUCCUGCUGUAACCGCCUGCUUUGGUUUUUUUCUAUCAUCGGUUCUCCUGGAGAACGAAGGAGUUAAAGCACAAUUAAAGAUGUGAACUGUGACACUAACAUGCCUGGAUGAAGAACCUCACCUGCGAUGAUCUGAAAACCUUUUUAUAGAUUUGAUUUCUUUCUUUGUGUCAAACUUUCAGAAGCUUUUUUCUUACCAAACAGCAUGACUUCCUGCUGACACCUUCAAGGUCAUCAGUUUCUGUGGGACUUUUCUGUUCAAUUGUGGAGUUUGUACAGUUUCUAUCAUGUUGGUGUUGCCAUCUGUUGCUCUGAAUAAAUCUUGUGUUGCAACACCUGCAAA